AUGGAAGGCCCCUUGGACUUCCAUCCUCCUCUGGACGGGUUCCGCUUCGUGGACGUGCUCGGCCGGGGCAGCUUCGGCCUGGUGAAGCUGGCCCGGCACCUGGCGUCCGGCAAGUACGUGGCCGUAAAGAUCCUCCUGCAAGACGCCUCUCCCAGCAGCCCGCUGUCCGCGCAGGCGGAAGCGGUCAUCCUGAGGAGCCUGCGGCACGAGAACAUCGUGCGGCUGCUGGUGGAGCGGCACACCAGGACGCACCUGUUCCUGGUCAUGGAGCUGGCGACCAAGGGCUCGCUGGAGAGCUACGUGCUUGAGCAGGGCGGCCUGGCCGAGGCCGAGGCCAGGACCCUGUUCGGCCAGGCGCUGGCCGCCGUGAGCUACUGCCAUGGCCAGCGCGUGGUGCACCGGGACCUCAAGCUGGGCAACCUGCUGCUGGAUGCCCACCUGAACCUCAAGCUGGCGGACUUCGGCCUGAGCCUGCGGCUGGAGCAGGGCACGCUGGUAAGGGGCUUCUGGGGGACCCCCGAGUACUGCGCCCCCGAGCUUUUCCUCGGGGAGGCCUAUGACCCCUUUAAGGCCGACCUGUGGAGCCUGGGGGUGGUGCUGUUUGCCAUGCUGGCGGCCAAGCUGCCCUUCCGCGGGAAGGACACGGAGGAGGUACAGGACACGGUGCUGUGUGGCUGCUACGUGCUGCCGCGUGCCGUCAGCCCGGCCCUGCAGGAGCUGCUGGCCUGGCUGCUCACUGUCGACGCCUCGGGGAGGCCCAGCACGGGGACCGAGGGGACGCCAGGCCCUCAGCCCUGUGGCCCCGAGGCCCUGCCCGAGUCCUCACAGGGCGGGGAGCAGCACCACAUAGAGAAGGACCCCUUGUCUCUGGUGUCAGUGUCCUGUGACAGCAUGUCCGUCGAUGUUUCCUCCGCACGAAGCGACUCCUCCGAGGCCUCCAGCCAGCCACAGCAAGAAUGGAGCCCAGGAUCCAGCACCGCCCCCGACUCCUCCCAGGCCUCCAGCCAGCCACAGCAAGAAUGGAGCCCAGGAUCCAGCACCGCCCCCAACUCCUCCCAGGCCUCCACGUCGCCCUCCAGCCCCAGUGCCAGGAGCCAAGUGGACCUCCCACAGCCAGAAGCCGCCGCAGCAGCCCAUGAGCCCGAGGACUCUGGGACCGCAGCCACCGCUGACAGCACAGACACCAAGGCCAGCGCCCAGGGCAAGAGGCAGGGCCGGCGCGGGGUCGGCAGGAGGAUCCUCCGGUUCCUGCUGAGGGCAUGCUGCAUCCUGCCGUCCCGAGGGAGCAGCCCUGGCCGCUGCUGCAGAGUGGUCCCCAAGUAG